UUCCCACUGAUCACCAAUUUAAGGAGCAUUCUUUCCAUUGAUCACCAAUGUAAGGAACAUUCUUCUCACCUACUACCAAUGUAAAAGAGCAUUCUUCCCACUGACCACCAAUGAAAGGGACAUUAUUCCCACUGACCACCAAUGUAAGGAACAUUCUUCUCACCUACUACCAAUGUAAAAGAGCAUUCUUCCCACUGACCACCAAUGUAAGGAACAUUAUCUCCCUUGACCACCAAUGUAAGAAGCAUUCUUUCCAUUCACCACCAAUUGAAGCAGCAUUCUUCUCACUGACCACCAAUGUAGGGAACAUUCUUCUCACUGAUCACCUAUGUAAGGAACAUUCUUCUCACUGAUCACCAAUGUAAGGGACAUUCUUCCCACUGAUCACCAAUGUAAGGGACAUUCUUCUCACUGACCACCAAUGUGGGGACAUUCUUCUCAAUGACCACCAACAAGAAAGACUUCUAAUUGGCCAUCAACCUAGUGUACAGUGAACCUUUCAUAUUGCCCAACAAUUUA